GCCACGCGGUUACACCUGCUGCUGCUGGUGUUGCGUUGGCGGCCAUGAUUGCGUUGGCGCGUACGGGGCUCCCUGGUUGGGUGGAUGUUGCGUGAAGAGGGGCGCAAACGUCGGGUGGCUUAGCAUCGGCUGUAGGGUCCUUUCGAUGUAGGCGAAUCUGUUCGUGUUCUCAGCUUGGUAGGUCUCCAUUGUUUGUUUCAAUGCUGUCACUGCUGCGAUGUUUCUCGUGAUUAGCUGUUCGAGUUUCGUGAAUGUCGCUUCGAAUUUCGCUUCGAGGCUGUCGAUGCGAUCGUUUUUUGUUUGCGUGCGCGUGGCCUCGAUGGCUCGCUUCUUCUGUGCCGGUUCCUCUAUGGCUUUCUCCUGGAUGUUCGUUGUCGUUUCCUCGGCCUUGCUUGUGCUUGGCGUGGGUCUCUGCAGAGGCCCGUUGUUGCUUAGCAGCAACUGACGGAUCUCGGCGAUCUCUUUCGUGAGGUAGUUGAUGGUCACUCGCAAUGCCGCGUUUUCUUGUCUUAGGAUCUCAUUUGCCUCCCGCGCCUUGUUCAUAUCUUCUUUCUUCGUGGCUUCGGUGAUUUUCUGCGCGCUCCUUAUAUUGUUUCCUUUCGCUGCGUCGACCCAGCUCACUCGCUCCCGUGAUGGUGACGUUUUUCUGCUGAGGCUUCUCUUGCAGCAGCUGCUGUUUCUGGAUUUGGGAGUGCGGUUUUCCGAUGGGGUCCUUGACUUUCGCGCAUCUGGCGGCUUGUCGAGUGGCGGGAAAUCGCUCUCCGACAGCAGCUGGCGUUCGGCCUGUCGGCGCUCCCAUUGUCGCUUACGCACUACGUAGGGGAUCUUGUAUUUCGCCUUGCACGUUCGGACUCCAGUAGGGUGUUCGUCUCCGCACAACUUCCAAAAUUCAUUCACAGUGUAGGUAUAUCUGCAUUCGAAUUUCUUCCUGUCUGAAGAUAAUCAUUCAGAACAGUCCUGAUCUUAACCACGAGGCGUCAAAUACGUUUAAUUUUCUUGCUAGUCGAUAUUCUCGAAUUUCUUGAUGGCUCGAUAUGGUAGCUAUUGUUCAGAUUCUUCCGAGCACGCUCAUUUUGCCAUUCCAAGCGUGAAACAUCUCGCAUUGAACAGUUGUAUUUUUAUCUCGGUACUGAAUUUGUCUAGUGCCUUCGAGAUCGUCUUCCGAUUGCUACUUAGUUGAUUUCCACGUUAACUUGCUCUCUCCAACCUUCUGAAGUCCUUGUGACUACAUAGUCCACUUUAUGCAUUGUUUCUUUCUGAAGAGUUAAGCCAGUAUUUUCGACCAUUAAAAAAAGUUCAACAUGAAAGUUUCGUCAGUUUCUGCGACGUCAAGAACCAUGGAGUUUCGCGUUUCGCAGUUCUGUUCUACACCACAUGGGUCAGGCACAAUCCAGUCGGAAAUUUUCUAUCUUCCAUUGUAUCUUCGUUUGGUCUUUUCACUGGCCUUUACUCCUCACCUCCACUACUACUGGUAAGGGUCCUUUACACGGGACUCGUAUCACGGCUGUUUCCUCCAGUGGUUAACAAAUAAGCAUUGUGUCGUUACAGGUUCUGCACUCCCGUUUUCAACUGCGGUCCACAAGCGUACCCAGCGUGCCCUAGCACGACUCUACGGUCUGCGCUCCAAAAGAUUACUUCGGGCACCAGCAUCACCCGUUCCAUGAGCAACUGCUAUUCCUUGUACAUUCUCUCGCGGACGGCGUCCUGCUGGCAGACUGGACUUGGCUCUUCGCCCGGAACUACUACUGGUUCUGCGGUCCACACCCGUACCCAGCGUGCCCUUACACGACUCUACGUUCUGCGCUCCAAAAGGUUACUUCGGCCACGAGCAUCACCUGUUCAGAGAGCGACUACUACUGCUUCUACAUUCCCUCGCCAGUGGCGUCCUGCUGGCAGACUGAACUUGCCUCCUCGCCCUGCACUACUACUGGUUUUGCACUCCUGUUUUCAACUGCGGUCCACAAGCGUACCCAGCGUGCCCUUACACGACUCUACGGUCUGCGCUCCAAUAGGUUACUUCGGCCACGAGCAUCACCUGUUCAGAGAGCGACUACUACUGCUUCUACAUUCCCUUGCCAGUAGCGUCCUGCUGGCAGACUGGACUUCCCUCCUCGCCCUGCACUACUACUGGUUUUGCACUCCUGUUUUCAACUGCGGUCCACAAGCGUACCCAGCGUGCCCUUACACGACUCUACGGUCUGCGCUCCAAAAAAUUACUUCGGCCACGAGCAUCACCUGUUCCGGGAGCGACUACUACUGCUUCUACAUUCCCUCGCCAGUGGCGUCCUGCUGGCAGACUGGACUUCCCUCCUCGCCCUGCACUACUCCUGGUUCUCCACUCCUGUUUCCAACUGCGGUCCACAAGCGUACCCAGCGUGCCCUUAGACGACUCUACGGUCUGCGCUCCAAAAGGUUACUUCGGCCACGAGCAUCACCUGUUCCGGGAGCGACUACUGCUUCUACAUCCCCUCGCCAGUGGCGUCCUGCUGGCAGACUGGACUUGCCUCCUCGCCCUGCACUACUACUGGUUUUGCACUCCUGUUUUCAACUGCGGUCCACAAGCGUACCCAGCGUGCUCUUGCACGACUCUACGGUCUGCGCUCCAAAAAAUUACUUCGGCCACGAGCAUCACCUGUUCCGGGAGCGACUACUACUGCUUCUACAUUCCCUCGCCAGUGGCGUCCUGCUGGCAGACUGGACUUGUCUCAUCGCCCUGCACUACUACUGGUUCUGCACUCCUGUUUUCGACUCGGGUGGGUGCCUAGCACGCUCCUGCACAUCGACUCUCCGUUCUGCGCUCCGACAGAGAUUACUUCGGGCACCAGCAUGACCCGUUCCAUGAGCGACUGCUAUUGCUUCUACGUUCUCUCGCCGACGGCGUCCUGCUGGAAGACUGGACUUAGCCUGGCGCCCUUGCACUUGUGGUUUCCAGUUUCUGCUGUCGCUUGUGGCGCAAGAGAAAUAUUCCAGCACGCUCAUUUACAAGAAUAUUCCUGGCCUUGCCUCCCGAGCAACCAUCUUCAGCCCGAUCGUCCUGCCGCGUGCUCUAUACAACAAGUUUCCUAAUGAACUCGUGAACGCGUCGCACGCCUCUGUCUUGGCGGUGUCCUGCACUGUGUUGACGACGUGUUCAUUCUCUGAAGGACUUCGUGUCCUCACCAUCCCGCGACCGUCCAUCGGAUGUGCUCCUACAGUUCGCCGUUGCCUUUUUCCGCAAGCAUAUUUAAUAAGGUCAUUGUAGCAAGCGUUUCUGCUUUGGAAGAGUGGUACGUUGCUCGGCGAAUGGAUGCAGAUUCUAGGAAUCGGGUUAAUACGAAGCAGAACAUAAAGGUCUCGUUACGUGGACACCACUCGGUCCUUAAUAAGGACUGUCAAUGUUUUCAUGAGCCGAUCUGUAAAUUUUUGGUGGCGAGAGUAAUGGACAUUCAUUGACAUUGUGCACUAUUGUAGUAGCACGUUGGUGUGUGUGUGUGUGUGUGUGUGUGUGUGUGUGUGUGUGUGUGUGUGUGUGUGUGUGUGUGUGUGUGUGUGUUGCGCGUGUGUGUGUGUGUUUGCGCGUGGUGGUCUGCGUACACGUGUAACCUACUCUGUGCUCCAUUUUUGUUUCGGUCGAAGACGUAUGACAUGAGCUCCACUACCUGGCGCAUUUUUCAUGUUUUUGGUGGUAGCAUUUCCAGCGUCACAGUUGCUUCACUUUUCCCGGUUCAUUCCUGUUAAAAGGCUCCUUGUUUGAUGAUUUACUGUCGUCUAUGGACAUCCGCUUUUGGAUUGGUCGAACCGCUGGUUUCUUUGGCUUUGGUCCUUGGGUUGACCUCUGUGCUCGUUUCAGCAUUCAGCGGAUUUGUUCUGGCGUCUUUCUCGUGCCAGAAACGAGGUCUUCACACAUACUCGGUUCUUUCACGUCACUCAUCACUGACUCGAAAAGGUCAACAUGCCACUGCAAAAGGACGCAAUUUCAAUGAAUGGGAAAGGGGAGGGUGGUUACUCUCGCCAACAAAAAUUUCCUGAUUUGUUCAUGAUAAUGACGUCCAUAUUUAAGACUGAUUGGUGGUAAAUGUUACCGGGCUCGCUGUUUCUAGUUUUUUUUUUGUCCUUGGCUCAUCAAAUGCUGUUAUGGAUCUACAUGGUCCAACUUGUGUAUUACCUGUCGUUUGUUUACCGGACAGUGCUACCCGCUGUCACCGCUUGUUCACCAUAUAUACUGCACCUUAGUUUGAUAUUUUAUGUGUCCACAACUAUCCCGUACUCUGCAAGAUCGGUAGGAAUACUGAACUGCGGUGGCACCCUUGAGGCGGCUGUGCCGUCGUUGCCUGCUGACUGUAGUUCAGAUUACGCACACUUGUGUACUUAAUCCUGAAAUUGCACCGCGUAAGCCAUAGUCACAGCUGCUUCGAAGGGGCUACAUGUACUCCCCUUACACCAGGUCGUGUGUGAACACGUCUAGACAACUGACGUGCACGAGCACGCUCAAAGAAAUCUUCAUAAAAUGUCCGCUUUACUUGUAAUUUUAGUGUUGAAGUGAAUUAUGUUUAUCAGAGUAUCGCCACGUAAUUCUUUUCCGUACGCAGUUAGUCUACAUUGCUCUUCGAAUGCAUCUCAAUGAGUUUGCAUUGAAUAGUGUUUGAAUUUGCACAUGCUACAACUAUUGUCCUAAUCUCGAUAUAAGGAAGCACACUUGAUUUAUUACGAAUUACUUUCAUUGUUCUCAACCUGUAAUAACCUUACUUCUGCAUUGCUUCAUAACAAAAAUGAGCACUGUUCUUGCCAAAUGGUUACGUGUGCCGCAUUACCUUGCCUAUUUUUUUUUCGCUGCUUUCAUCCGCUGUGAUUAAAAAAAGUCGGGCAACCACGCAUGCGCGAUGGUGCUCAUUCGAAUGGAUUUUUCUUAAAGGAACACUAAAGGCAGAUAAGUCGACGUGGACUGUUUAAACAUCAUUACAUAAACCUCCCAACGCUUGUUUCGUGCCGAGAAAAGACUUAGUUUACGAGAAAAUUGCAUCUGAAGGGCCUGAAUACCUGUUUCGAAAUUCGAGUCUCCCGCCCGUGGAGUGGUGACGUUGCAUACGCCAUCGCCACCCUUUCCUGCCGUCGGGGAGUAAAACGGCGCCCGAAAGACGGCGGUACCGAGCCAAGACAGAUCGGCGGAUUCGCCGCUGCAGCUGCUGCUUGGUCAAGUGGCGUAGACCGUUCGGGCAUCACGCGACAUCGCAUGGAAGCUGAAUUCUAAGCUACUUGCAGUUUGUGCGAGUAUCGCGUUCCGGCAAAACCAGCGCAGCACUACGCGAUAACUAAUGAAGCGCGAAGGCGUGGGCGGCAUGGAGUGGAGCGAAAACGAAAUCUUUCGACCGACCGCGUCGUUGUCAGGGUUAUGUCAAUUAGCUUAUAUUUUUUGAAAAGUGAAAUAGAACAGGACAAGCAGGAUUUUAUUUCGUCUUGUAAUACAAUGAAAGGACAUUUUUUGCAAGGAAUGGUUGAGUACUGGUGACAUUAUUUAACUGAGGAGGGCUUUCGUCAUCGGGCAACUAUACUUGAGCCUCUCAUCAUGUCCGGCAUUUACCUCAAUUUCUCAAUUAAGGCUAUAUUCGCGAUAAUAUUCACGCCUUAGAUAUUCCCGAACCCUAAUCUAUCACUUUAGCUCGACUUAAUAUUUGCCUUUAGUGUCCCUUUAACCUCGAACAUACACACAGCGCAAUGUCGCCUUACCGUAGGAAUUGUCUUUUCAUUUUCCAUCUUCAGUUACACGACAGUCCUGCAAUUUCGCCACACGAUGCUCGCAAUCAGUUCACGAUACGACCAGUGUGGAGAUUUGGACUCCUUGAUAUGCAUCCACCGUGGUUGCUUAGUGGCUAUGGUGUUGGGCUGCUAAGCACGAGGUCGCGCUAUCGAAUACCGGGCAGGGCGUCCGCAUUUCGAUGGGGCCGGAAUGCGAAAACACCCGUGUACUGCGAUUUAGGUGUACAUUAAAGAACCCCAGGGGGUCAAAAUUUCCAGAGUCUCCCACUGUGGCGUGCACCAACAGAUCGUGGUUUUCGCACGUAAAACAAUUUUUGUUAAUGUGUCAUCUUGGAGGCUUUUCCUUGUUGUUUUUGUAUAAUGCAACUGUUACGUGGACGCAGAGAAAACACACCCACACAGCACUCAAUAGUUCACAAUACGACAGCGAGCACAAAAUAGCUGCACAUUGAGGUCAUAUUGGAGAAUGUGACGUGGUAUAUAUAGAUCGUCGUCUAGAAAUGUGUUGUAGUCCCUUCCGUACAUUUCCCAUCUAACUGGGAAAGUUCGCAUACUUAUGCGCUUUCUUGUUUACUGAAAAAAAAAAAAAAAAUACCGGGAGCGUUUUUUUUACAUCUCCCAGCGAAGGCUCUCUACAAAGCUUACCCAUUUCAUUGUUUUAAAGCUUGAAGCUAUUUCAGCUUUACUGUAUGCAAAGAACUCUGUUUCUGCGCCUUGACUUGUGCUGUUAUUUUCGGUUUAUUGAUCUAAGAAAACUGUCGUCCGUUUCACAUUUUAAUACGUCGAAGUAUCGUGAAGCUGAGAAAUUAUCUGUGCUAUGUAAAUUGAAGUAUGUAUUUGACUUGUAUUCCUGUACAAAUGCAUAAAUGUAAGUUAAUGCACUGUACAUAUGCUCCUGUUUGAAAAAUCUGGGAUUAAGUCCAGUUUUGUAGCAUUGAAUCGCUUUUAUUUCGGUUUACUUAAGUCUUGUUUUGAGCUGGUUGUAGUCGGCAUGCAUUGAACUGCACCUUGCGAAUCAUCUGUCAAAAUAAAACUUUAUUCUUGUU